AUGGACGGAGACGCAAUCAAAAUCCUACUAGUUGGUGAUGAAAAAUGUGGAAAGACAUCGUUCAUCUCACGCCUGAGUGCACGCGAAGGAACCGGCCCCAUUACGCUGCUCAGAGACAUUGAUCAACCAUUUGUCUUCGAGAUCAAGCUCGGCCAAAACCCGUACCGUUUGGAGUUCUAUGAUACAAAUAGCCCCGAAAACUGGAAGCUCCUUGACCCCGACAUCGUCAUCUUAUGCUACGACAUCAGUCAGCGGCUCAGUCUCAUCAACGUGAGGAGACACUGGCUCAAGGAAGUUAAGCUGUCCUUCCGCAGACCUGACCGUCUGCCCAUUCUCAUGCUGGGUCUCAAACGAGAUCUGAGAUCCGAGGAUGACCCCAAUGGCAUCAUUUACCCCCAAGAAGCCUACCAGCAGGCGCAGGAGAUGCGCAUAGACAGAUACAUGGAGUGCUCUGCGGUAACGGGGGAGCUCAUCAAGCUGGCGUUUGAGGAUAUCUGCAAAACGGCAGUGCUGACGCGGAAGGAGGCGGGCGGGCAGACGGAGGGCGGAUGUGUCGUCAUGUAG